GGGGAGAUAAUGAGGGCGUAGGAAAUUGGAUCCAGAUUACAACUGAGCACAGGACAGACGCAACACCCGGAGAAUCCCCAAGUCCCUGCCUGGGAAUCCUCCGGGGCUCCUUCUACCGUAGUUUCAAAAGUUGCGAAACUAUUAGACGCGUCCGGACAGGCGCUGGCAGCAGCAGUCAGGAGUCGGUGCUCCCAUCCAGCGGCCAUGAAGCCGAAGAACAUCUUGGUGGAGUGGAGGGGCCGCUCUUCGGACGAACUGUCGCCAAGAGAGCGAAAACCAAAACCGAAACCAAAACCUGCAGACUUGACCCAGCCCCCCGGCUUCGGUUCAGGCUUCCUGGCGGCAGCGGUGGACACCUCUCUCCUCCGCCAUGGCAUCAAUUUCAAAUGUCAAGGAAUCUGAAGUUUCCGAAAGAACGGUUGUAGUUGCUGGUCUUCCGGUUGGUAGUUUUAGUGAUCAGUCGCUGGCCAAAUUAGUGAAGAUUUACUUCCAAGAUAUUAAGAAUGAGGGUGGAGAUGUUGAAGAUGUGAUAUAUCCAACAAGAACCAAGGGAGUUGCAUAUGUAACAUUCAAGGAAAAAAAAGUUGCAGAGAAUGUCAUCAGAAAAAAGAAUCACCGUCUCGGAAAGAAGACUGUACAGGCUAAACUCACAGUCUCUCAUUUGGGUGAAAAGGUCUUCUGCUCUGUAAAUGCUAUCCUUGAUCUUUCUGUUUUUGGGAGUCAAGUUAUUCUAGAAAAGCUGAUAAGGGACCUGAAAAAGAAAAUCCCAACUUUAUUCUUCAGUUCUUUGGAGCACAAUGGAAGAAUCUCUGUUCAUGGAUCAUUUCUGGCUAUCAAGAGGCUCAGAGAAUCUUUGUUGUUGAAAGCCAGUUCUCUUUUAGAAAAAAACAGGAAUUUUAUCAGUGAGGGAAAAAAGUUGAGUAGGCAAAGCCCCAAAGGGAGUCUACAGAGAAGUAAUGACUCAUUGGAGUCAUUCAGGACCUUAGUACCUGAGACGACUGGAAGUGGAGAAACACUUGUUCUCGACACAGAUGUGUUCCUUUACUUGAAACAGAAGUGCAGAUGUUAUGAAGGCACAUUGAAAACAUUUAAUGUUCUAAGUCGGGAGAGAGUGGAUAAUGAUGUUACCACAAUUUAUCUAAAAAGUGUUCAAGGUGGGUCUCAGCCAGACAAUGUAAAGCAUGUAAAACAGCUCAUUAAGGAAUAUUCCUAUUCUCUUCAGUUAGAGCUUAGAAAAGACACGAUUGUUUUAGAAGGAAAGGAGAAUAGAGAGCAAAGAACCAUUAAAUUGGCAUGUGAGCAACUAAGUUUGAUCUACCUUCAAGUGCUGGUAAAUUGUUAUAGGACACACAUUGACAUUAUAGGGUCUUCUUCUGACAUUUACCUAUUUAGAAAACAGGUAAUGAAGUUGAUAGGGCAAAAGGUUAGUUACUAAAAUCUCAGCAAUAGUAAUGUUAAUGGCUGCGUCCUCAACAGAGCAAUGACUGUAUCAUGCAUAUGCUAGCUUUACACACAUUAUCUCAUUUAAUCCUUACAACCGACUUUCGUUGUAGCAAUUAUUAUGUUCAUGUUAUAGGCUCAGAAACUAGGAUUGGGAGACGUUGAAACACUUUUCAAAGUUGUAUAGCUGACACAAGGGAUGGGGCUGGAGUUAACCCAGGCUGUCUGACUACAAAGAUAAUAUCUGAGGUAUAAAACUUUGGGGGAAAAAAAAAAAAACU